AUGCUGACACUUCGGCGAGGUUUAGUGUUGCACGCUCGCAGGACUUGGUUGCUGUUGGCCACAAUCGCUGUACUGCUAACCGUUAGUGUAGGAACCGUCGGAGGAUCAUACAGCGAUACCGACGAUCUGAUCAACGAACUAGAUCGACCUAUCCCCGUUACGACCGUCAGCGGAGUGCUGGGCAAGCAGGCUAGUCUUCCCUGUGAUAUUACGCCACUGGAGCGGGACGACGCCGUCUACAUGGUGCUGUGGUUCAAGGAGGACGACAACGAACCGCUCUACAACUUCGACGUGCGCGGCCGGCAGGUGGCCCAGGCACGGCUUUCGUCUUCGGACAAGUAUUUCGGCAAGCGGGCGUUCUUCCGCGCCACCAGCCACCCGGCCCAGCUGCUGGUGGACGAAAUAAAGCUGCUUGACGAGGGCAUGUACCGGUGUCGGGUUGAUUUUCGCAACUCGCCCACCCGCAACCUAAAAAUAAACUUCACUGUGAUAGUACCGCCGGACCGUCCGAUCAUCUACGAUUCGAGGCGCCGAGAAAAGGCCAACACCGUCGAGCCGUACAGCGAAGGAAGUGACAUCGCGCUAAUAUGCGAGGUCAAAGGCGGGCGACCCAGACCGAACGUCACCUGGUACCUGGACAACAGUGUCAUCGAUGAGUCAUUUGAAUCUCGCCCGGACGGUACGACGGUCAAUCAUCUGUCCUAUCCAAACAUUGGCCGACAGCAUCUGGACGCCCGGCUGAUGUGUGUCGCUAGCAAUACCAAUUUGACGCCACCCAACAAUAAAGUUGUCGUCCUCGAUGUCAACCUGAAACCCGUUGCUGUUCACAUCAUGGCGAAGGAAAAGUUCGUGUCGGCCGACAAACGGUACGAGAUUGAGUGCAAAAGUUCCGGCUCCCGGCCCGAAGCGGUCAUCUCGUGGUGGAAGGGAACCCGGAUGCUCAAGCGGGUCACCAAAAAUUUCUCGGAGACCGGAAACCAAUCACUCAGCGUUAUAUCGUACACGCCGACGGUGGACGACGACGGCAAAUAUUUGUCCUGCAAGGCCGAGAAUCCGCUCAUUCCGGACAGUGCCAUCGAAGACAAGUGGCGAUUGGUGGUGCAUUACAUGCCAAUUGUUACGCUACAGAUGGGAUCGUCUUUGAACCCGGACGAUAUUAAGGAGGGCGACGAUAUCUACUUUGACUGUCACAUACAGUCGAACCCCAAACCAUACAAACUGGCGUGGUAUCACAAUGGAAAUGAGCUGCAUCAUAAUGUCACAGCUGGCAUCAUUCUGUCGGAUCACUCGUUGGCCCUGCAGAGCGUUUCCCGCAACCUGGCCGGAGAUUACACGUGCAUGGCGGCAAACACCGAAGGACGGGGCACCAGCAACCACGUUACGCUCCGCGUGCGCUAUGCGCCAGUAUGUGCGACCGACCGCGAAGAGCUACUGGGUGCGCUAAAACACGAAACACUGCAGCUGAAGUGCGAGGUCGAUGCAUCCCCGGCGGCCGAGUCCUUCCACUGGACGUUCAAUUCAUCCGGCGAGCAAACGGAGCUUCCCUCCCGGCUGCACUCGAGCGAGACCGGUUUAUCCCGACUUAAUUAUACGCCAACAUCCGAUCUCGACUACGGCACCAUAUCCUGCUGGGGAAGAAACGCCAUCGGUGUGCAGAAAAGUCCGUGCAUCUUUCAAGUGGUGGCCGCCGGACGCCCGUUCGCACUCCAAAACUGCUCCGUGUCCAACCAGUCCGCCGACUCGCUGCACAUCGAGUGCAUCGAGGGGUUCGACGGCGGUCUGCCACAGAUGUUCCUGCUGGAGCUGGUGGAAGUGCCGAUCCUGCGGUUAGUUAGGAAUUUGAGCUUACAGCACCCGCCGGUACAGUUUUUCAUCGACAACCUGGAGCCGGGCAGCUCGUACCGGAUCAUUCUGUUCGCCGCCAACGCCAAGGGUCGUUCCGAGCCUGUAAUAAUAGACGACAUCACGUUCAAAGGGGUGGCCAAAUAUACAGGGGUUUCCAACGUUAUGAACGUUCCGUUGUCGCCGGUCCUGGCCGCGCUCACACUCACGGUGGCCGUCCUGUUCGCGGUGGUCUGCAUCGUGCUGGCAACGAUUUAUCGGCGACAUGCGAGCAAGAAUUCGGGCAAAAAAUUAAAGUCCGCCAAGAGUGCCCAGCUGACCUCGACACCGGACUGCCAGCUGGACUCAACCGUCCAUCAUCAGACGCACGAUCCGAACGGCAUCCAGACGCCCCUGGUGGACAGUGCCGGGGCGCUGGGGCGGCGGGGAAGCCCGACCAUGGGUGCGGAGCCGCCGGAUGGAGAUGAAACCGACCCGGACGUGAUACCGAACCAGUAUGAGCGCAGGCCACCAAAGACCACACUCCCGACGCCCCUGUUCCGCAGUCCGUCGGCCCGGCUGAUACACCGAAACGGCGGUGAUCAUCUGCUGCACGAGGAGGAGCGCCAUUGUGAUGGGUCUAGCCUAGCGUCGCUGACUGGGCUGAACACCGAAGUACAUCAUUAUUCCUUUAAGCCUAGUAAACAAAUAAGCUACGCCACGUUAGGCCGAGCCAAUAACAGUAGCGUCACCUCGACACUCAGCCCGCUAAGUCAGCUGCCGUCGACGGGCACGCUGCCGCUGCCGUCACUGUCGUCGAUGUCGGUCACCGGGGUCGGCGCCGUGGGGAGCCUCCUCAGCAGUCCGGCCUCGCAGUCGCUGGUCACCUCGACGCUGAACGAGUACCGGUUUCGGCCCGAGGUGGUCACCACAUCCAAUCGAAUACAGGAAAGUUGUAUAUAAUGUAUGAUAGGCGGCGCCCGUUUAGUCUAAGUGUUGUGUCGACGGUCC